CUCAAAUCGUGACGUGGACUUUCUUGAUGGUCGGCAGGGCGUCUCGACGAAAAGCGACCACAUUUCCACACUCCGCAAGAUGUCGUUACUCGUAAACACAUUCUAAAACAAGAUGAUUUGUAUUUUAUUUCGUGACAGUGAACUGUCACUUUGUCGAUUGUCAUAAGAAAAAAAAAACGCCGGCUGUGCUCGCACUUCUCUGGGAAAAAAUCAUUUCCGUCUACAUGUAUGUAUUUUACGCUGAUGACGAGGGUUUAUCGCGUUAUUCGCGGGUGUUGAUUUUACAUGGAUGUAGUAUGUGGGCUCAUGGCUAUUUUUAAACGUAAAUGUAAACGUGAAACUAUAUCUAAAUAUAUUAUCUAACUUCAUGCUUACACGUACGUUGUCAUCGGAAGUUAGGUAUCAGUGGAGCAGUGUUAUUAAGGGUACAGUUCUGCGUCAAUAUAGCAUGACAAGACAAGAAAAGCUUCAUCUUGUCGUCACAGGUGAUGAUUUUGGUUAUUGUCCUGAAAGAAACCGAGGGAUCAUUGAAUGCUUCAAGCGUGGUGUUAUCACUGGUUCUUCACUUCUUGUUAAUGCUGUCGGCUUCAAAGAUGCAGUAAAAUUAGCAAAAGAAUGCAGACUUCCACUUGGAUUACAUUUAAACUUGACAGAAGGUGUUCCCAUAAGUGGAAGGUCAUCUCUUCUCGACAAGGAUGGAUUUUUCCUGGACAAAUGUGUAAUCCAGGAUGCACUCAGAGAACAUAAGAUCAAUUUUGAUGAGGUUAGAAACGAAAUGAGAGCGCAGAUAGCUUUAUUUAGACAAACUCUUGGGUAUACCCCUGUAUAUGUGGAUGGACACCAACAUGUACAUGUGUUUCCAGGUAUCAGUCAAGUAUUCGCUGAAGUUCUAAAAGAACACAACAUUACAUUAACUAGAUUUCCCAUUCAGUAUAAUUUGGAAAAAUGCUCAUGGGUGCUUGAAGAACACAAGAAAUUCAAUAAAGUCGUGCAACUGUACGCACAAAAUGCAAAAUCUAUCUUUCAGGCUCACUGUAUCAGAUAUCCACUUGGCUACAUUGGUCUGAGCACCAUGGGGGAGAAGAUGACUGUAGAUAGGAUAGAAUCAGCAUUGUCGUCGUCACUGUACAACCUUAAAAAGUCCAAAGAAUCGUUCUUGACCUUUGAACUCAUGACUCAUCCCGGGUACCCAAGUAUGAACGGUUACGGUGGUUGCGGACAUGGCCCUGAUAAAUUCUCCUGUUCACAAGACCGUGUACAUGAAAUAAGCAUUUUACAAGACGAGAGAUUGAAAAUGGUUUACAAGAAAUACAACGUUGAGCUGUGUUCUUACAAAGAGAUGUUCCAAAAAUAGUAUUUAAGAGAAAAUCAUGAUGUUACCACCGAGGGCGCUGUGAAUAAUUCAGUACUCAUAUCAACAAUUUACUAUUAUUCCUAUCACAAACGGGUGCAUGUUGCCAAACAUUCACCAAGUUGAGUCUGUUGUUGUACAUUCUGCUAAUCAGUUAAUCCAUUUAUGUUGAAGAAAUAUGCAGCCUUACUGUGACAGUUGCCUUGGUGGAAAUGCUAUGUUCACCAAUAAUUGUCAUGUGACAUGGCACAUACAUUGAUUUCUUUGUCGUAUAAACACCACCUGUUUUUUAUACCUGUGAGAUUUUCCUUGACACAUCGGACUUUCAGUGUUCAGUCGUCAUGUAAUGUUGUGUUUGAUGUAGGACCAAUGCAACUCUAAACUGUCUACUUUUAAAUUUAAAACUCAAUUUUAAAUUUGCAAUAACUCUUAAAGUUAGAAAUCAAAAAUUACUAAUUAUUUGGCCAUAUGGUAAUUAAUAUGUAAAAUUAUUCACCUAUCUUGUGAUGGUUGCACACAAUUUUCCAGACAGACACAAAAUUAUUAAAGUAAAGUGUAAAUAAGCCCAAUAUAUGGGUGAAAAUUACGCACAUGGCUAAUUUUGAUUUCAUCUUUUCAAUUUGAAUGAUGCAAAUGAGAAUAUAGAGCCAGUUUUUAGAUUAAUAUUAUUAUAAUAAUUCUGAAGUUGUAUAUCCAU